AUGAAAACCCAUUUUCAGAACCCUCAACAGGCGUUGCAUCACUCACAGCCUCAUUCCAAUGUCCAUCAUCAUCAUCACUCUCAUCAUGGAAGAAGGAAAAAUUCUGUUGUAUUCGCAACCGGAUCGAAUAUUGAUCAAAUGUUGGGAGUGAGAGUUUAUUCGUAUUUGAAUAAGAAGAAGAACGCGGAGGAGAAGUUGUUGAGCUCAAAAAAGCCUCCUUUGGAGCAGCGGAAGAGUUUUCUGCUUCAAAAAAGAGAAGAGUAUUCGGAAUCAAGUGAGGACGAGAUGGAUAGUGAGGAUGAUAUGUUGUAUGAUGAUGAUAAAGAGGAUUUGUUGUAUGACGAUUUCAGUAGUAACAUCUGGGAAGAUGAUGCAACUGGCAGUCGUUUUGGUAUGGGAGAAAUUAUUCACUCGUUUCGUCCCUGCGAGGCCGCAGAUUAUAUUUCAGAUCACUAUCUUUAUGAGAACGAUUUUAUUGAGGAUCUUAAUUUAUGUUAUGCGAGUACUUUCUUCAUCACUCACCAAAAGCGAGUUUUCAUGAUUGGAAACAAUUUUCUCGAGAUUGGCAAUGAAAAAACUCUAAUAAUUCCAGUAGAGGUCACAUGGGAUAGAUGCCACGACUCCAACAAAUUAAGGGAAUUGUCUUGUGGCCAUUUUCAUGUUGUAAUUUUGACAGAGAGGGGAGAAAUUCUUGUAGGAGGCUCUAAUACCUACGGCCAACUUGGCAUUGGAUCGCCCUCUCAAAACAACAUUGAUCAUCAGCAUGACAAUGACCACACUAAAGAUGAAGACAACAACGACGAAGAUAGCCAAGAAGAAGGUGAUGGAGAUUCUGAAAAUGAAAGUAACCACCAAACGAUACCGCCAAAAAAAGAGUCACCAUCAAAACCAGUCAAUUCAUUGAAGACUCUCAACUUUUUUUAUUUGGAACUUAACGGUGACGUCGUAGAGUCAGUAGUGUGUGGCUCUUUCUUCACUGUAUUCCUAACCAAGCUCCGAAAAGUGUACAUUUGUGGACAAAUAGGUUUUGAGGACUCAAACAUGUUACGAGAACCAACACGAAUCACAUUCUUUGAUAACAAUCAUUUACUCGUCAGUAAGAUAUUUUGUGGUUCCAACGAUAUUAUUUUCCUCACAAACGACAAUCAGGUGUAUGGAUUUUCCAUGUUAGAACCUGAGACUGUGACUCAAAAACCCACACAUCUCACACAUAUGGAAUGCUUUUUGGAUCAAAAUCCAGGAACAAAGGUUGCAUGUGGACUAGGUCAUACACUCUUCCUGACACCGGAUCACAAAAUAUUCUGUCUAGGAAGCAAUGGCGAGGGGGAAUGUUCUUUUCCAUCAAAGAUUGAAAGCGUUGAUGUCAUCACACACAACACGCUUAUCGAUUCUGUACUUGAAAAGAACGAGUUUGUCACCUCAGUAGCAUGCGGAUCGGCCAUGUCCAUUUUCACAACAAACAUGGGCUCAUUGAUAGUUUGUGGAGACAAUUCUGAGGGUCAACUAGGAAUUGGACCUCAACCAAAAUCGGUGUUCACGGCUACUAAGGUACGUGAUCGUACCACUCCCUCCUUGCCUCACCAUAUUAAGGUCAUUCCUGGUUAUCACAACACCUUUACUUUGCAUUUACCUGACACAAUGUAG